AUUCAUCGCUUCAUCGGUUUAAAAAAAGAGAGCAGAAAAAAAAAAAUAAAAAGGAACAUUUUCUGGGCACAAAUCUUGAAUUGGCCAGACCAAGAUUACCAUCUUUUUUCCUAUUUCCACUUCCAACUUUAAUAACAAAGGAAUUUCGGUGGGGGGGUGGGGGAGGGGGGGCAUUCUGCAGUGAAAGAGUUACAAAGUUUUUUUUCCCAAGAAAAUGAUUCUGUUCUUGAAGGGAUGCAUUGUAUGGAAGUUGUUUGCAAUUCUUGAAACAAGAUUCUGUUUAGCCAAAAGCUUUUACUUUUGGAUCUUUCAGAUUUUCAAUAGAUACAGUUUGGGCACUUAGCCAAAUUAUUUCUGUGUUUCUGUGUUUCUGCUCUGUUUUCUAGCUUCUUCUUCUUUGUUUUUUUGGACAUUUUUGUGUGUUCUUAGGCCCUGAAAUUCAUGAGAGGAGCAUCAUUGCCUCCAGGGUUUCGGUUCCACCCAACCGACGAUGAGUUGAUUGGAUAUUAUCUCAAGAGAAAGACUGAAGGACUAGAAAUUGAACUGGAAGUCAUUCCUGUAGUAGACUUGUACAAAUUUGAUCCAUGGGAGCUGCCAGAAAAAUCAUUCCUGCCAAACCGUGACAUGGAGUGGUUCUUCUUCUGCCCUCGGGAUAAGAAGUAUCCUAAUGGCUCUCGAACCAACAGAGCAACUAAAUCUGGGUACUGGAAAGCCACAGGGAAAGAUAGGAAAGUAGUCUGCAAGCCUUCAACUGUUGGAUACAGGAAAACACUGGUCUUUUAUCGUGGAAGAGCUCCUCUUGGGGAUAGAUCCGAUUGGGUGAUGCAUGAGUAUCGUAUCAGUGAUUAUGAUUCUCAGGGAAAUCCAAUCUUUCAGGGGCAAUUUGUCCUUUGUCGGGUCAUCAAGAGAAAUGAUGUUUCGUUCAAGACAAUCAAUGCUCGUGGCGAAACAUCGGAGAAGGUCAGAUGCAAUUCAAGCAAUGGAGAUAUCUCAUCAGUUCCAGAUGAACCGAUAGUCAUUUCUGGCAACGUCUCAACUCAAACCACGUGCAAGACCACCGAGAGUAAUUACUCAAUACCUGUACCUUCUUCUCCCUACAAGACAUCACAAUUGGGGGACUAUGAGUUUCAUGUGCACCCUAGUUCUUCUAGCCUCUUGAUAUCUCCUGACAUGAUUCUUAACUCCUCAAAGGAUUAUCGUCAUCAGGGGCAGCACACUUUUGGAUACUACCCACAGUACGGCUUCUCAAACUCAACCCUAUGGCAGCCAUAUGAAAACCCCGAGCUCUCAUCAAGUUCAUCUUACUCGAGCAUUAGACCGGAAGUUGAACUUUCGGAUGAUCUAACUAGAUAUGGCUGUACGUCUGCAUAUUCAGCUCAGGGAAGCUACAUUGGCUUUUAUGGCAGCGAAGGCGCAUCAGACCAAGGUUAUGACCAGAGCAUCUUGUUAACAAAUCCAAAUCUCUUCUGAAAAACCGAGGGGUUAAACACAAACAAGACUGCGAGAUAACCUCAAUCUUCUGAUGUAAGUCACUUCUGCCCUUCCCUAUCACGACGGCUUUAAUUGCAUCAGAAGAUCAUUUCUCGUUUCUCGAAGUAGUUCUUAAUAAUCUAAAGUCAGCAUCAAAUAAGUUUCAGUUGUUGAAACCUGCUACUUUCCCUUGUUGAUAAUAUAUGGAGUUGGGGUAUAUGAAAGAAAGCCAAUCUUCCCAUUCUAUAAGUAUCAUGUCUUCUGCAUAUUGUAAGAAGUUUUAGGUCUAAGAGAAGAUGGAAGCAAUAAUAGUAAAACUAUAUGGUAUGGUAUGGUAUGGUAUGGUAUACGGCGACACUAAAGACAAAUUAUUCUUCGUUACGACAAAACUUGUUAACCAGUUGAUACGAUGUGAGCACUAUUCUCACACAUCGCGGUAGAAUUUCUCGACACCCGAGGAGAAGAUAAUGAGCAAAGGAAUGUUGUUGAAAUGAAGAGGGUAUCCUAGGAUUUUUAUUUUUUAUUUUUCAGUUGAAAGUAAUGCUAUCUGUUGAAAGCUCCUAAAUGUUGUAUUCACUUUCCUCCCAUUUUGUUUGUGUAUUUGACUUAGUAAAAAGUUUAAAGGAAAGUCCUUUCAUUUAUAUUUA